CUGAUUUCCGGCCGCUAGCCUGCUCGCCCCGCCGCCCGCUUGUCCCGCUCCCUCCCUCGGUGGGACCCGGAGGAGUGGGGACCAUGCCUGAGCCCGGGCCGGACGCCUCCGGCACCGCCAGCGCGCCUCCCCCGCAGCCGCCGUCCCAGCCUCCCGCGCCCAAGGAAUCCCCGUUCUCCAUCAAGAACCUGCUCAACGGAGACCACCACCGGCCGCCCCCCAAGCCGCAGCCGCCCCCACGGACGCUCUUCGCGCCGGCCUCGGCCGCCGCUGCCGCCGCCGCCGCUGCAGCCGCCGCAGCCAAAGGGGCCCUGGAGGGCGCCGCGGGCUUCGCGCUCUCGCAGGUGGGCGACCUGGCUUUCCCCCGCUUUGAGAUCCCAGCGCAGAGGUUUGCCCUGCCCGCACACUACCUGGAGCGUUCCCCGGCCUGGUGGUACCCCUACACCCUGACCCCCGCCGGCGGCCACCUCCCGCGACCUGCAGCCUCCGAGAAGGCCCUCCUGCGAGACUCCUCCCCCGCCUCCGGCACCGACCGCGACUCCCCCGAGCCGCUGCUCAAGGCUGACCCAGACCACAAGGAGCUGGACUCCAAGAGCCCGGACGAGAUCAUUCUGGAAGAGAGCGACUCCGAGGAAGGGAAGAAGGAAGGCGAGGCGGCGCCGGGCGCGGCGGGAACGACAGUAGGGGCGAGCGCGGCGACCCCGAGCUCCGAGGACUGGAAGAAGGGCGCCGAGAGCCCGGAGAAGAAGCCCGCGUGCCGCAAGAAGAAGACGCGCACGGUCUUCUCGCGCAGCCAGGUCUUCCAGCUGGAGUCCACCUUCGACAUGAAACGCUACCUGAGCAGCUCGGAGCGCGCGGGCCUCGCCGCCUCGCUGCAUCUUACCGAGACGCAGGUCAAGAUCUGGUUCCAGAAUCGCCGCAACAAGUGGAAGCGGCAGCUGGCGGCCGAGCUGGAGGCGGCCAACCUGAGCCACGCCGCGGCGCAGCGCAUCGUGCGCGUGCCUAUCCUCUACCACGAGAACUCAGCGGCCGAGGGCGCGGCGGCUGCCGCGGGGGCCCCGGUGCCGGUCAGCCAGCCGCUGCUCACCUUCCCGCACCCGGUCUAUUACUCGCACCCGGUGGUGUCCUCCGUGCCGCUGCUAAGGCCUGUCUGAGGCCCGAGAGGGGAGAGGGAGGGAGCACCCGGCCGUCUUUCCGGACCCGGGAGGAGACUGGGCCGGGCAGUGGGCGCCGACACGCCCAACUGCCGCGGGAACCGGGGCCUCGGCUCACUGCCUGGCCUCCCACCCCACCUCCCCCAAACCGUAGCAUUUUGUAAGUAUUUGCAAUGCAUUUUCGUGCAAUUGAACCCUAUGGAUUUGAGGCGCUUCUUACUUUGGGUUUGGGUUACUAUUGGGAGAAAACAGGAAGAAGAAGAAGGGAAAAAAAAAAGACAAAAAUCCCAGGUCAAAACUGCACUGAAAGCUUUUGUAAACUGUACAGCCCUCUCCUUAAUUUUCAUUGCGCCGUGACUUUUUUGUUUUUGUUUU